CCACGUGGCUCCUGGUUGCUAUGGCAACGUGUAAACUCUGGCGUUACCUGGAGAAUAAAGCCUUAGGAGGACAGCGUUAGCUACAUGUGCUAUCUCGAAAUCCCGUUAAAUAAGGAAAAUAACACCGUGACAGGAGUUAAGACCUGUUGGAAACGAGCUGCUCGUCCAUCACCACUUUGAAACACAUUUGUUCCCGUCAGCACCGUGACAAAGGUAAAGGUUAGUCAACAAGAUCCGGUCGGUCAAAACUGCCAUGUCGGAAGUGAAAGGCGACGACGAGGAUAAGAUUGCACAAAGCACACAACCUGGUGAAAACAGUGCAAAACUGCCUCCAGAAGACGGUGGAGAGGCGGCACAGCCUGAGAGGUGCGCCACAGAUGUGCCGAAGAAUGUGGAAGAAGCCGAAACUCAGGCUGACCUGCCCGACGACAACGAACAACCCCGAACGACAGAAACAUCUGGAAACUCAGUGGAAAGUGAUGUGCUGGAGACUGCUGAAGAAGCUGGAGCUCAGGCCGACCUGCCCGAUGAUGCUGAGCAGCUUAGAGAGCCUCAGGGAGCAGAAAAUGUUGGAAACUCGACAGCUACAGUGAAGGUGGUGCUGGUGCCAGAGGGACAUGUGAUGACUGUGGCCUUCGCCAUCGGCCUCAGCAUCCAGGAGCUGAAGCGCCACCUCGCCUCUGAGCUCAGAGUCCCCCCAGACGUGCUGCGGAUCUCUGUGGAUGGCAGAGCGGUGGAGGAGCAGCAGAGCCUGAUGGAGCUCGGCGUCCGGCCUCACGGCUCCACCCGCAUGGAAAUGAGCUCCACCAACCCCACCGUCCACCCGCUUCGCCCCGUACGUCUCCCAGAGCAUGACAGCAUGCCCGACGUCAUCACUGUCCGAGUCCAGACAGAUGAUGGAGCGUUCCAGGAGGUGGUGGUGGAGAUCGAGCGUGCCCGCCAGCGGAAGGCCUUCCUGGGGGGCUACAGACACCGACUGACGGGGACACAGUACCACCACGCUGCUGUCCAGACGCUGCCCAGGAGGAGAGCUGACAGGGGAGUGGUCGUCUUCAGCCGCGACACCCAGACAGUGGAGCUGAAGCGUCAGGCUCAGCAGUGUCCAGUCACCGUCUCCACCCAGAUGACCGGGAUCGGCUGGCACGUUCCUCCUCUCUUGUCACCUGUCCAGGUGAUCUGUUUACAGUCGUUUGCUCGGCGCUGGCUUGCCCAGCAGAUAGUGGGCCAGCUGAGGAGGCAGCGGGACCGGCGGUUGGCCUGGCUGGACCUCCAGAAGAGGAGGAUGACAGAGGAGAAGGAGGAGCAGCUGAGGGACCGCCACCAGCGCUGGCUAAACCCACAGAGGAGGGAGGACUUCAACCUGCUGUACCACGCCCUGGAGAAGUGGAGGUGUGAGGAGGAGCAGCAGAUCAACUCAACCCUGCGAGGAGCUGAGCGGAAGGCCGCUCUCUGCUCGCUGCUGGAGCAGGAGAUGCAGUUCAUCGCCGCCAUCGGACGCCAUCGCAUCAUCGUCCAGAACAACAACUAUGACAAAACCAUCAGGAACUUCCUGGACAAGUGUGCGGCUCCUCAUCGGUGGCGAGCAGCAGACGGCCGUCUGAUCGAGAUGGACAGUCAGCACACAGUCAGAGCAAGACAGCUGCGAGAUCUGUACAACAGCGUGAGCCAGUCGCCUGCCGACCAGGAGCAGAGAGUCUACGUCCUGAUGACACUCAAACACACUGUCAAGGAGCAUGAGUGUCAACUGACCCGGGACAUCGUGGACUUGAUUGACAGAGAGACAGACUUGAUGGCUCGCAGGGUUAAGGAAGCCAGUCUGGAGGGACUGAGGAAGAGAAUCUCCACUCUGUUCCUGCAGUACGUCAAAACACCGGCAUUUAACCCCGAGGUGGCCAAGCUGCUCCAGGUUCCCCAGAAUCCCUCCCAGCUGAAGAACAACAUGUUCUUCUGCCGCAACUGCCAGCACUACCUGUGCUCCGCCGACUUCAGCCCAGCCACCACAGACCGUCUGUGCGGUCGGUGCCGGGACUGCUCCCACGUCGACAACAUAGCUAGAUCCCGCAUUGACUUCUCCUGCUACAAAAACAUCCUGGGGAGGCUGAGAGCCGAUGAGCAGCGGCUCAAAGAGGAUGCCAAGAUCCCCUUCCUGCUGCAGGUGGAGGAUGUGCGGUACCUGGUGGAUGUGGUCUGGGGAUCCCGCUCAGCCAUCCACGCUGGCAGCAACCUCUACAACUUGGUGUUUGUCCGCUGGGAGUCUAAAAAGGACUGGAGCCCCUGGAACUGCAUCCUGCUGUCCAAAGAGGAGACGUCAGCUCACCUGGAGGUGCAUGACGUCCACAAGGUCUAUGAGACCACGUUCAUCUGCAGAAUCAAACACAAGCACAUGCUGGCUCGACGCCACUUCAGCCAAAUCCCCAUCAUGGCCAAGUACCUGGACUCUCGGUCGGCCGCUGCCCUGGACAACCAGCUAGUCUGUAAGCCCGUGACCACGGCUAGAGAGAAGCACGUUGCUGACCCCACACUGGCCUCGGCACAAUAACAACGACCCUGUGGUUUUAUUUUCAUCAGCCGCUGUUUCUGCCCUUGCUCAUAUUGUUACUUUCUACAAUAUUUUGUCUGAAAUCUGCAAUUAAAGUCACGAUGGUUUC